AUGCCUUUUAUAUCGAAAGACUGGCGUUCGCCUGGUGAAGUGUGGGUGAAAACGCAAGAGGGCUGGGAGAAGAAGAAGGUUCUUGAGUGCACAGCACAACGAUACGCCGCCAUAUCUAACUUUAAUAACUCAGACGGAAAAGAACAGAAAUGGAACGAAGAAGGAGACAAAAGUUCAGAUGACGUCGCCGCGAGAGUUCCACCACAUUGUCACAUCACAAUCAAAUGCACAAGAGAGAUAGCAGGUUUUAAUGGCUUAUCAGAGGCAGUACGCCGUCUGGACUUUUCCUCUGCCGUCCGGGAUGUUCGAAGGUUCAACUACAUCUGCGCACUUCUAGAACUGCUGCUCUGCGGCGAGAGACUAACACAUCUGCCCGGAGCGGCGCAGAAACUUCUGUUGUCUAUGCUCGAACAACUUGCAGACCAAGUUGCUACAUCGAAGCAGAAUUUGAACGCACUUAGAGCGUUAAUAGUUGGUCUGAGUGCGUUGCGUGAAGCAGAGCGACGAGCGUGUUGGGGCCGACCCCUCGGGUCCCGCGCCCUGUGGGGACACCAUGACCACGCCAUCGCCAGGAUCAACCGCAUCGCGAACAGCAUUAGAAUACAGGAGCCCGGUCCAGAAGUUGUGCCCAAACUACACGAUCUCCCUGAAGAAUGCAUCAGAGAAAUAUUGCUGAGGAUAGCUGACCACCGGGACUUAGAUUCUGCGUCAUCGGCUUGGUCGGUAAUGGCGUCACUGUGCUCGGAACAGCGCGUUUGGAGGGAACUGGUCAGUUUCCAUUUCACGACUCAACAAAUUGACUCCGUUCCAAAGACUGACAGCGAGACUGAUUGGAAGAAGCUAUUCCACCAGCUUAGGAAGUUGUAUGGUUUACGCGAAGACGCGCAAUAUGCCGAGACGCUCUCCCUUUGUCGUCACUGCAAAUGCCUGUUUUGGCGAUCACUGGGACACCCCUGCAUAGCUGAUCAGUGUCCAGAAUACAGAGAACGUUUGAAGGAAGCGGGCGGCCCCCUGCCUCCCCACCCCGUACCCCCGGCGGCAUUCCUUAAGUUCUUUUCAUUGUAA